UCACGGCGUGUGGUGGUGUAGUCUGAUACAAUACCCGUGUGACUGCUGUGUCUAUUAUCAGUGCGUCAAAUAUUUGCCAGUGACUGUACUUCGUGUUGAAUGCGACCCUGAAGUGAAUUGUGCAAAAACGGUUAAGAAUACUGACUGUUCAGUUGCGAUUUUCGGGGAAGAAGUUUUUAAUCCUUUCGCGGGAAAGUUGUCUGUAACUGUGCAAAGCAAACAAUGGACCCGAGAGCUGAAGAUUGUUUUACUAGCAACACCCGAGGAUUACUGGCAAGGAAUGAGUGCCGAAGAAACUUUUUUUUGACUUUUAAGAAGGACUGCAAAUCGGCCGUAAUUUUUCACUUGUCACAAAGACAUUUUUUUUCCUGCCAACACACGUAUUCGUCCAUGUUGCCAACUAUAAGCUGUGUCUGGUACUUCAUGAUUCGUCAGAAGAGCGAGUUUUCAAAACAGGCGUGAUAGUGCUCCUGGAAGUUGUAUGCGGUAGUCGUUAAACAGGCCUGGCGCUGUUUUACGUCCCGUGCAGCUGUCAAGUCAGAAUUCGAGGCACUGAUCGAUAUUAGCCUGGAGGCUCGUUCCGUUAUUUCUUUCAUGAACGCACUGUUACCUGCCGACGUAUUCCGGUGUCCUGUUUCUGACAAGUCAUUUGUCCAUCCUUACCACGACUCCGAUAAUUAAAAUCUUAAGAUAUUUUCGUUCCCGGUAAGAUAAACUAGAUCAUUCGUGAGCUUGGUGCGAUGUCGUCGAAGGUAAAGGUAGACGUCAGAAUCACCAUAUUUUACAGCGACGGAGUUGUGAUAGUUGUGUAUAUUUGAAUUUUACAAUUUAUGUUAUACUCUUUUAUUUCAUUGUUUUGGAAAUUUACAAAUCGUGGUCACAGAUAACGCUGGAUUCUUGAACCGCAGGGAAGUCAAAAGCAUUUUGCCGUGACCGUUGCCAGAGACGUGUUUGAAUCUGACAGUGUUCAGAGUGCCAUACGCCGGAUAAAUUUAGCUUAUCAACCGUCUUUAAUUGCCAGUCAUGACAGCGACAGUGGCCACUGACCGCUGGGCGAUAAGCGUGUGCAAGCCCCCUCCGAACAGCUGACUGAUUAAUCACAAUUCUUGCGUUUGAAUUUUACUACGCAUUGUACUGUGACAAAGAAGCGUCCUCGAUAAAGGAAGUGCCUCUUGUUGGGGGGCGGGGGUGGGGUGGGUGGCAGUUAUGCAGCGAUUGUGAUUCAAAUCUUGCCCAUUGUUAUUACCCACACAAUUAGAACAAAAAUGAAUACUCGUGUCAAAGUGCAGUGAAACGCGUAUCAGCAGAGAAGUGGUCGUGUGCCUUCGGACAUGUUCGUGAUGUCAUUUUACAAGCUUCGGCGGAAGGACCGAGCGAGUUUAGAUUUUUUUUUUAAAUAUAAAACUAAGUGUUAUUGUUGUUACGGCCAGUUACUUUCAUUUGCUUGUGACAUUAGUCACGACAGUGAAAUAUGAUAUUCUUCUUGAAAAUCGCAUCGCUUGGGCAGCCGAGGCUGUGUUUGUGUGCGUCAGGUGGCAAAUGCGACGAUUUCUCAGACUCAUCUUUGGUACCCUCUACCCAGCGUAUGCAUCGUACAAAGCGGUUAGGACGAAAAAUGUGAAGGAAUACGUGAAAUGGAUGAUGUACUGGAUAGUAUUUGCACUUUUCACGUGCGCAGAAACUUUUACAGAUGUGUUCCUCAGCUUUUGGUUUCCAUUUUAUUACGAGAUUAAGAUAAUCCUGGUGCUGUGGCUUCUUUCUCCAGCUACCAAGGGCUCAAGUAUCUUGUACAGGAAGUUCGUUCAUCCCAUGCUCAGUCGACGUGAACAGGAAAUUGAUGAGUAUAUAGCAAAAGCAAAGGAGCAGGGUUACCAUACGGUGCUGCAUCUGGGUACGAAGGGGGUCAACUAUGCGACUACGGUGCUUAUGCAGACUGCCAUCAAGAGUUCAUUGUUGGUUUACAAGGGGGGUGGAGGUCUGGUCAAUCAACUUCGGAGGAGUUACAGUCUCAGUGACCUCUCGUCGGACAAGGAGUCCGACAUGAACCGUAACAGCAAGGCUCUAAAGAAUGUACCAGAUGAAGACGACAUGGAGGAAACAGAUGGCUUAGAUCCCAGAAUGUUGAGGCAAAGAGGUUACAGUCCCCGUCGCUCAGCGUCUGGUUCAGGCCGGAUGGAGAUGUACUUCCCAGAAGUAGAUGUGGAUGUCCGGCAGCAUGGAAGCUCUCGACCAAGGGAACCCAGCAUUCCACUCAGCCAUAUCCGAUCGUCAGAGGACGUAAGUUCUGGCUAUUCUAGUGCAGAGCCUCUGUAUGCUGGACAUCACGUGACUCAAUCUGAAGGACUUGCAUCAAGCAGGGAACCUCUGGUGAGGACAGCCUCUGUGGGAUGUACACGAUCUAUGAGAACUAAGAGCUUACGUGGAGGAUCUGCUGCCAAGAGGGGACCUGUUGCUGAGGACAGUGAACUAUUGGACCCACUAGGUGGUGAAGCAGACCACUGCUAUCAAGAGGAGUAUUUCUAUGACGUAUCUUCUUCCUUGUCCUCUCAUGCUCCAACACUCAUUCCAUUUACCAUGACAGCCACCGUAAAAAGAUCAAACACACCUCUGUCUUCUCUUCCAGAGAUUUCAUAUCCCUCAAAUCGAAGUCAAGAUCCUUUUCCAUCUGAAUUGAAUGAAAUAAUGUCAGCUGAAGAACGCUGCAUUGACAUUUCUGAUGCCAAACAAGAUUCACCUGAUGAUGAAGAAGAUAUGCCCCUAUAUGAUGCAGAAUCAGAUGAAUCUAAAAUUCCUAGUAAUGGAUACUUCCUCACUGAACCUUUAAUGAAGGAUGACGACCUCGUCUCUGCAUCAGUUAGUGACACAUCUUUAUUCAAGGACGUAACUAUGUCAUAUGCAGACACGACUGCAAAUGGUAUAAUACAUGACAGAGCUGAUUCAUCUUCAGGCUUAGUUCUCUCUAAUGAACCACUUACGUCACACUUAAACACAACCAAUAACAUAGUACCAAAUACUAAGCCUGGAAACGUGAUUUAUGAUAAGGCGGGUAUUGAUUUUGAAUCUUCCCAAGAAGCAAACGUCCAGAAUUUGGACACUGUCAAUGAUCCACUGAAACAUGUUGAACUUUCUAGUUUGGCACAACUAACAAACACGAUUCCAGAAGUUCAAGAGGCUUCAGGUACAUCAGCAGUUUCAGAUGUUGUUAUAAGUGAAUCAAAGGGGAAAGAUGAGUCUUCAGUUUCAGAACUGAAGGAGACUGGUACUGUGACAGAUGAAACACUAUCUGUAGUGACUGUACCGCCUCUCACACUUCUUUCUGCAGAAUCACUCUCCCUGUACAGUGCAAUGGACAUCUCUUUUGAAUCAAAAAAUUCUAAAUAUGACACUGGAGCUGAGCACUCGAAUAAUCGUGUUGUUAAUAACUCUGAUUCAAAUUCCAGACAUGUGGACACAGACAAACCAACAGCUCGAAACUUUCAAAGUGUUGAACUUGAACGUGACUCUCCAAAAUUAGAUAUAACCUCAAUAACAUCUGUUGCUAUAGAUGGAUUUGGUCAAACUUUACAAGACCAUGAUGUAAAGUCUCUUCAAGACCACAGAAUUUCUGUGUAUGCAUCUGUUGAAUCUCUGUCCCCACCAGAGCCACCUAGCAGAUCCAGUUCACAGGGAAGUUUAAAGAAAGAAGGUAGAGCUGGACGUUACCACAAACGGCCUGCGCCAACACCUCCUCCAAAUAACCCUGAAUUAAAGAAUGAAGACUGGGCUGAAGACCAAAAUGAAAAUAGCCAGGCUUCAGUCUGGCCUAAAGAACUGGAUGAGGACAUGCCAUCAGCAAAGGAUUCAGAGUCGGCUGUCACGGCUCGUCUUGUGUUGAAGCCGGGGGUCGUCAGGUCGUUGGGACCUGAUUCUGAAACUAAGGCAGAAGUCUUUGUUUCAAGAACCCCACAAGCAAAACACAAGAAGUCAAAGUCAAAACAGGGAGAUUCAGCACUCUCCCGGUUAUUUGUACUUCCAAAGAACCAGUUUGGAGGUUUAUCAUCAUUUUUUCCUUUCUGGCAUGGGAAGCAGGAGGCUUUUACUUCAGCUGACGCCCAAAAUGGGACACCUGAGAGUUCAGACUUCUAUAGUUCAUCUGGAUUACGGAGCAGCAGAAGUUCGGCCUUCAUAGCAGUUCAUGGAAAUACUCUGAAUGACUCAGAAAAGGACACGUCUAGAAGUAGUAGUGAUGUUAAUGUGAAAGAACUGUCCUGUUCCCCUGGGCAGCAACGCCGAGCACCUCUGGCUGAUUGGGAAUGACUCAAUAAGGUCACAAGUUAUGCAACUAUUCCAAGAAGUAAGAAGCCCAACAAGAAGAAGAUGCAGUGAAGCUUUUCAUGUAUGAACUUACAGGCAUUACAAUGAAGUUGGCCUUCUGGCAAAAAAUGGAAUGACAGUGCAAAGAACAUCAUACAGCGAACCAAGUUGCAGCAACUACUUGCUUGUUUGCGCCAUGAAACAUCGCAUCAUAGAGCAGGGACAUCACGUUUGGCCAAUUUAUUUGCUUUCAUAGAAAAACGAAGCAAUUAAAGUUUGACAAGAACAAAAUAUAUGCUACGUAUUUAGCUGCUUUCUGUCUCAGAGGUGUGCACUGUUGUAUUGGCCAAAUUAGUGAGGUCCACAUAAUGAUCUCUGACAAUUUAUUACAAAUAUUCAUACACUCGUAUAUAAAGGAGAACAAAGCACUGGCUCUUCCUUAGAGGGCUGUACCAGGAGUCUAUUGUGAUCCUGCGUGUAUCUCGUUGACGUUUUCAGAAAGCCAAGCUAACCUGAUACCUUCCGUCAUGCAGUAACACAGUUGCUCACGACUUCAUUUGUUGAUGGGGCUUCUGUUACCCCUGCUAACUGUCUAUCAAAUUAUUGUUGGUAUCAAAGUAUGACUGUU